ACCCAAAUACUAUUGCGUCUUUCACUUUUACGCACUCAUCAUGGCGUCUCAGAUUCUGCCUUUAGAGUUGAUUGACAGAUGCAUUGGUUCGCGAAUUUGGGUGAUUAUGAAGAGUGAUCGGGAGUUCACUGGUACUUUGUUGGGAUUCGAUGAUUUCGUCAACAUGGUGCUAGAGGAUGUGACAGAAUACGAAACAACGCCACAGGGAAAGAAAAAGACGAAGUUGGCUCAAACGCUCCUGAAUGGCAAUAAUAUCUGCAUGCUUAUCCCGGGUAGUGCAGGCCCCGAUGAAUCAUGACCACAAAACACCUCAAAAUCAGCCCAAGAUUGAUAUGCUACAAGGUUUCAUGGAAUAUUACCGGUAUUACCAUCAUCGUACAAUGUCGAAUCAAAGAAUGGAUGAUUGAACGGCAAUGUAUCAUAGAGGCCCUUUGAUGUCCAGAGUAACAGGCCAGUGAUCUGAUAGCCCGAGGUCCCUGAGAUCGUGCCUAAUUUCACAGCGAAUUGCAUUGUCCAAGAU